AUGCUGAUUUUGUUGAAAGCUGAAAGCUUCUUUGUUGAUAUUACAUAUGUUCAGAGUGCUGUUGCAAAAGGAGCAGUUUGUUUGGAUGGAAGUCCACCUGCAUACCAUUUUGACAAAGGAUUUGGAGCUGGAAUCAACAAUUGGAUAGUUCACAUUGAGGGAGGAGGAUGGUGCAACAAUGCAACUACUUGCUUGGCUCGAAAAAGCACCCGAUUAGGAUCCUCCAAGCAAAUGGCUAAGCAAGUCGUGUUUUCGGGGAUUUUCAGCAACAAGCCGAAGUUCAAUCCUGAUUUUUACAACUGGAAUCGGAUCAAAGUUAGAUACUGUGAUGGGGCUUCGUUUACUGGUGAUGUAGAAGAAGUUGAUCCGACCACAAAACUUUACUAUCGAGGGGCGAGGAUUUUUGUUGCUAUAAUCGAGGACUUGUUAGCGAAAGGAAUGAAGAAUGCUCAAAAUGCAAUUCUAUCUGGAUGCUCGGCCGGAGGGUUGACUUCGAUUCUCCAUUGUGAUAACUUCAAGUCGCUUCUUCCUCUCAGCACUAAAGUGAAAUGCUUUGCCGAUGCUGGUUUCUUUAUAAAUGCGAAAGAUGUCUCGGGAGCUUCACAUAUUGAAGGUUUUUAUAACGACGUUGUGACAACGCAUGGUUCAGCUAAGAAUUUGCCAAGAUAUUGUACAUCGAGAAUGAAACCGAGUCUGUGUUUCUUCCCACAAAACAUGGUGCAAGGCAUUCAGACACCCCUUUUCCUUGUAAAUGCUGCAUAUGAUUCCUGGCAGUCAAUUGCGAAAGCAGUUGGAGAUUGGUAUUACGACAGAAGUCCGUUCAAGAAGAUUGAUUGCCCGUACCCUUGUGACAAAACAUGUCACAACCGGGUUUUCGACGAUAAUGAGCACCCGUUGAUCUAG